UCGUCCGACGAUCGAUGGAGACUAAAUAUUUGCGGUACCUUUCGAAGACAUCUCUUCCAUUGUUUAAUCCAGCCGAUAACUUCACGCUGACGACAUAUUCUACAUUGUUUAUUGUAAAUUAGCUUAACAUCUAAUUAGUCUCGUCUCCUUUGAGAAAAUUCACGUUCGAAACGGUCCAAGAAAUUGACUGAAGUGUUUAAGACGCAAAUGCGUAUUUACGUGACUAUAAUAUAGUACCACUCGACGUACAUUCCAAUAAACAAACAGUCAUCAAUCGGUUUGCUGGUGUUGGCCUUCGGCUUACCGUCGCUUCAACACAACAUCUCUGCCCGAGGAGAUAAAGUUUUUCUUCUUUAAUGACUUCGUUUAAUCAAUUCUCGAUUAUUGAGUCAUUCUUCGUUCCGCUGCAUAUUUGAAGAAAAAAAGAAUAAUGAAAGGGUUAAGAAAACGUGGCACGUGGUAUCCAGCUAGAAGGUGUUAAACACGAGAAGGUAAAUCGCUACCGCUUUGUAAACUCUUCCCUUGACGAAGCCCAGAACACCUCCCAACCCCAAAUCGACGAUAUAAACACUCCUCGCCACCUAAGGAACUCGGUUAUUCUCGGUAGCAGCGAAGAGAUCGUUGCUUCCUUGUUAAAAAUCAUGGCUACAUUAGAAAGAUUGUCCUUAUGGCUGUAAGAUGGAAGGAGAGAUAGGGCAGAGGGAGAAAUAGAAAUUGAUGGAGCACUCCAAUAUGGUAGCCACGAGUUUGAUGCGAUCGAUCACCAUCAUCGGUGCUGAUCAAGAUUAAACGGAAAUGCUUUUGGUAAUGUCGUUUGGUGAAUUUCGAAAUGAAAUUAAUUUUGAACCUGCAUCUGGAUCUGAUUAAGUAAACGUCGAGCGAGAAGGAAAAAGAUUUCUUUACGUGGGAAUAUUUUCAAGACAUUAAUUCUAGGGAACAGCGUGUAAUCGCGAGUUCCAAAUGUGUAGAACGCAAGUAAAGAAAGAGAAAAAAAGUAUGAAGCGAGCGUUUGUUUGCUUUGACAAGUAUCGAAGGUCUAAGUACAGAGCAAUAACUCGGCCACUUGGCCUGGUUAUGAAAAACUGUCCCUUCUCUCUCGCAUGUGUCUGCCUUCCUUAAUUGACCCAACGGGAAUCAAAGAACAAACCCUGCUACUGGUAAAUGAAAUCGUAGAGAAAAUGAGGAAACGUUUGCGAGGAAUGCUACAAAUCUUCCAUCGAAUUGUUUAUCCUUCGAAACUACUGCGCUUUGGUAAACAAUGCUGUUCACCGAGAGAUGGUUCGCGUCUUCUGCUCGAAUUUAGUGUCUCGCAAAUAGCGAACGGAACACUUGUUGUGACGUGAACGCUUUUAGGUGUAACAAACAAUUUUAGGUAUAUCCAGGGUAAUUUAUAAUUAUUUCAAACGACACGCGUGGCUCGGCGAUCGGGCAAUAAAUGCGUCGAUCAACGGGGACAAUCGAGCUUUUAUAGAGGAAACGGUCGAUAUUCAACGCGCCACCAUCUCGUCGAUCCCGAAAUUGAAUUGGUUAAUUGACAAGCUUAAUCGAGAACAGAUUGUCCCGACGGAACCCUCCUGUGUUUCCGACGAUAGGAAACCGAGGGUGAUCCGUCGAUUCUCGCUUCCAGAUUCAACUUUAUUUUUCCUCCUAUCGCGUUGAACAUUGCAAGUCAUUGUUUUAAAUUUUCUGAAAUCAUUGAUCGCCAAUCAACGGCUUAAUUUUAAGAAAAUCUCCUUUUACUUGAGAAUUUAUCAAAAUAACGAAAUUACCAAAAUAUCCUAUCGUUGAAAGAACUAUUUGAAAUUCUUACUAUAUUAGGCCUAGGAACGUUAUUUAGCCUUCCAACGAGAAAAAGAAUAAAUAAGAGAAACAAAGGGAAAGGUGGAGACAAAUGGCGGUGAAAUCCCAGUCGAGUCAAUGAAUGGAAAGCGUAGAAAGCGUUUCCGGCUUGCAGAGGCGUCAGGGGUGGUUUUGCAGCACGCAUACCUCCACUCAUUAAGUAUGGAAGAGCGUGGAUCACGAUUGAAAUUGAGACGAAUCGCUUCGUAGGACGUCAAGAUUGUCCCCAGCGGGGUUAGAUGUUUGCGUUCGAAUUGAAAUCGAACAAAGAAAAGGGAGAGAAUAACGUGAAGAACAGAGAAAGAAACGGAAACGUAAGCAACCCCCGAAGAAGGGUAGCUUCUGCGACCCUAUAAAACCUGUGCUUCGCCACUGUAUCGACAUCAUUCGGCGACGAUUCUCUUGAUACGGUGCAUUUCAGUGAGAGAUGAUCGGUUCCGUUGUGAUUUCACCCCAUCGCGCCACCACCUUUUGCGCCCUGCUUUGCCUGCUAUGCGUGGUGUCCUCCACUUCCGGCGAAUACGAAGGUAGAGAAUCAUCGAGCAGCGUGAGCAAUGACAGAACACCGGGGAACGAGUUUGGCUCGUGCACCGACGGCAAGUGCAUAAAACGUACGGCACAGGAUAUCAGCAGUGGCGGCAUGUGGUUCGGUCCGCGAUUAGGUCGACGACGAAGAGCCGACAGGAAGUUGGAAACCGAUCCGGAUCUCGAGACUCUCGCGAACAUCCUCGAUGGCUCCCGUUGGGCCGUCAUCACGAUUCCAGGAGGCGAGAAGAGACAACCGACUCAAUUCACUCCUCGGUUGGGAAGAGAAUCGGGAGAGGAAUUCUUCUCCUACGCUUUCCCGAAGGAUCAAGAGGAAUUGUACGCCGAAGAACAAUUGCUUCCACCCCUUUUCGCGCCUCGUCUAGGACGUCGAGUACCAUGGACACCAUCCCCUCGACUGGGUCGUCAAUUACACAGCUUUCUCGAGAAAUCAAGACAGUACCCGGAGGAUUCACGUUUUUAAGACUGGUUCGACUGGCUGGAAGAUAGAUAA